GCUCGCCAAAACCACAUCAUGUAUCACCAGGUAACCGCCAUGUAUGGGGCAUGCACUUCAGAAGGCCACUCAGACUCUUCAGACGUCCCCGAUGAGUCCGCUGGCUUCUCUCGACGCUACUGUGUAGACGCAACGCUUGUGCUGAUUGGAUUCCAUGGAGCGGGUAAGAAGACACUGGGCAUUAUCGCCUCGGUAGCUCUGCGUCGCCGGUUUGUCGACUUUGACGCCGUCUUUCGACAACAGGUCAACUUGUCACCUCAUGACUAUAUCGCCGCGAACGGGCUGGCGCGGUAUCGCACCGUCGAGGCAGAGGUCUCGCAAAGGCUGCUAGAAACUUGCGACAAGGGUUGCGUGAUUGUCGGUCUUGGAGGAGCGGCGAGUCAGCAGCAGCGAGACCUCCUCAGGACAUUCGCACGCACUCAUCCAGUGGUCUACGUACGGAGAGGCGAAGCCGACCUUCGACAGUUCAUCACGGCCAGCCAGGAAAGGUUCGAGCGCUUCAUGAGAGCCGGAGACGCGUUUUUCCAAGCAUGCUCGAAUUUUGAAUUCUUCAACCUGACACUGGGCGAUGUCCAGCAGAUGCAGGGUCAGGGGCUUCCUUCGAGCCUCAAGCUCAAAGAGGCUGAACGGGUCUUUGUGCGAUUUCUCCAUCAUGUCUAUGGACGACCGCAUUGUACACUCCUCUCUCCCGACGCAUUUUCUCCAUCUCAGACAUUGGCCAUGCAAGUACCUCUCUGGUGGCUAGACUCGGACGAACAUCUCGACUCGCUGGACGCUGGGGCUGACGCGCUGAAUCUUAUUGUCGAUGCCGAAGAACUGAAUUCUGCCAACAUCCAAAGCCGACUGGCACGGGGUGUCGCUUUGCUCAGAAUGCAUUCGCGGGUGCCGAUUAUUGUGGACAUACGGCCGCCGGGCGAUUCCGACACCCAGUAUCCUCGGGUCCUGGAGAUGGCGCUCCGUCUGGCUCCAGACGCAGUGACCUGUUCGAUAACGUCAGCGAAAGACCUCAUUCAGAGAGUAAUUACGACCAAGGGCUGCUCAAGAGCGAUAGCUACGUACCACGAGCACAUACCGUUAGGCUGGGACAGCCGGCCUUCAGAGGUGUAUAAUCUGCCCAAGAAAGCCGAGGAUCUGGGGUUCGAAUGUCUCCGUCUGACAGGGGAAUCCGGUGUCUCCCAGGAUAACCUGGCCUGCGUCGGCUUGCGACAGAGCCUCGCCCCAAGAACCAAGACACUGCUCAGCAUGUACAACACAGGGCCCUUGGGACGCACCUCGGUGUGCCUAAAUCCAGUCCUUUCUCCGGUAGUCCUCCCAGACAGUGGAAUUAUAGGCGUCACACUGCCCGAGGUCCAGAGAGCACUUACUGCAUGUUUCAUGAAUCCCGCAAAGCGGUUUACCAUUGUCGGCCAGGCCGUCCAGAACAGUCUGUCCCCCGCUAUGCACAAUGCAGCAUACGCUGCAUGUGGGCUCCCACAUUAUUACGAUUUCUAUAAACCGACCCGCCUUCCUCAAGUUCAGGCCCUUCUCGAAGAUCCGGGCUACGGGGGCCUGGCCGUCUCGCUACCGUACAAGAGCGCGAUCCUACCAUUCCUCGACCAAAUCAGCCCGGACGCAAGGGAUAUCAAUGCCGUGAAUACCGUCGUGAUCCAACGCCAGUACGAACCGAGCGGUGCCGAAGUCACUAUACGCAAAGGGUACAACACGGACUACAUCGGCGUUCGGCACUGCAUACAGAAGCACCUCUCCCCAGCCAACGCGAUCCGAGACGGCACGACGGCGUUGGUUAUCGGAGCUGGAGGAAUGGCGCGUGCUGCGAUAUAUGCCUGCUAUGAGCUUGGGGUCCGGCGAAUCUGCAUCUACAACCGGACGGUUGAGAAUGCCGAGGCCCUCGCGGAGUACUACCACGAGUGGGCUGACAGACAGAAGGUGAAGCUUCGCAUUGAAGUUAUCCGCUGCGUGAGCGAUCGUUGGCCGGCAGACUUUCGUCUGCCUAGUAUUGUUGUAUCCUGUCUUCCUGGGCAGGACGUGGAUAGUGCGUCCCCGGUUGAUCUACGCAUAUCUAAGGACUGGCUGCAGAGCACGACUGGGGGUGUCUUCGUAGAGGUCGCAUACGGCCCAUGCAAGACUUUGCUCCUCGAGCAGGUACUCGAACACAGGUCGACAGGCUGGAUUGUGGUGGACGGACUCAGUCUGCUGGUCGAGCAGGGCAUUGCGCAGUAUGAACUAUUUACAAAGCGGCCAGCACCAGUGCAUGUAAUGAGGCGGGUUAUACACGAAGAAGCAAGACAACGGGAGUAUAUCCAUGGUUGA